AUGCGUCUCACUAUUUCUUUGUUAGCUAUUGCAGCGUUCGUGCGAGGGUACAAUGUCACAAAUGUUACCUUACCACUGGAUUCCGCGAUUGUUUUGUUGAAAAAGGAUGUGUUGCUUCCCCGAGGUAUAAGCCAUCGUACGUCGCGCUUAAGAAACCCAGGCGCAACCAGCACGGAAGAGACCAAGUCAGCCCUACUAGAACGCAAAUCUGUUUUGAUAUCUCGGAAUUACACCUCUCGUGUUAAUGGCUCUCCUCAGAUUCUACGUUUGGAACUCACCAACACCGUCAUUGUAGAAUCUAUCAACAACCUUGCCACCUUCCCCGUGCUCAGCAUUGAUUACGGUUCUAGGUACAUCGGCCUUUCUAUACAUCAUAUGGGUAAAUCGAAGCUAGUUAGAUCGAUAUAUAACACUGGUGAUCUGGAACACCUCUGUGGCGCCAUAUAUUCUGUAGUAACAGACAACAUUCACCCGCCCUCAAGGUUCAUCGUCCUCAUCGGUUUACCGUACUCUAGGGAAGAGAUAACGGGUGCCGAAUGCAUUUCUCAAACCCUUUACAAUCUUGAUUUUGCUACACGGCUUUCAAGGUAUAUGCACCGUAGACAUCUGGAAGCGUACGGGAAUUGGGAGCAUAAUUUUAAUCACAAGAACGGCAAACCAAUGUCAAAACGGCAUUUAUUACAUAAUCGCUGUAUUGUCUGCUCGCUAGGUUUGGGAUGUUGUGCAUAUAAUAAGGCUUGUGAGGAAGUGUUUGUAAUCGAACCAUCAGAUUACAGUUCCACAGCUGUAAUUGGAGUGUCUGAAGAAUCGUCCACCUACCAAACGCAAAUAUUUGGUGAGGAAAAUCGUAGAAAGCUUGAUUGUCUUGCUAGUGAUAUAAUUUUUAGGAAUUUACAAGAGGCCUUGAACAGCGACACAAACCACAGGAAACCAUUCCUUGUACUCCCCAGUGGCAACAACUUGCUCCGUACUCACUCGAGAAGGGACUGUUUGUUACUCAGCAAAACUAUAUUCGAGAAAUGCGUUACGUCCUUGAACUAA